AUGGAGAUCACAAACGUUAGUGAGUAUGAAGCAAUUGCAAAGCAAAAGUUACCUAAGAUGGCUUAUGAUUACUAUGCUUCUGGUGCAGAAGAUCAAUGGACUCUUCAAGAAAACAGAAACGCUUUUGCAAGAAUCUUGUUUCGACCUCGGAUUCUGAUUGAUGUGAGUAAGAUUGACAUGGCAACAACUGUAUUAGGUUUCAAAAUCUCCAUGCCAAUCAUGGUUGCUCCAACCGCUUUUCAAAAAAUGGCUCACCCUGAAGGGGAAUAUGCUACGGCUAGAGCUGCAUCUGCUGCUGGAACCAUCAUGACACUAUCUUCAUGGGCUACUUCAAGUGUUGAAGAGGUUGCUUCCACAGGACCAGGGAUUAGAUUCUUCCAGCUUUAUGUGUACAAGAAUAGGAAAGUGGUUGAACAACUUGUGAGAAGAGCCGAGAGAGCUGGAUUUAAAGCUAUUGCUCUCACUGUCGAUACACCAAGACUAGGACGUAGAGAGUCUGAUAUCAAGAACAGAUUCACUUUGCCUUCUAAUCUGACAUUGAAGAACUUCGAAGGACUUGAUCUCGGAAAGAUGGAUGAGGCUAAUGACUCUGGAUUGGCUUCAUAUGUUGCUGGUCAAAUUGAUCGUACCUUGAGCUGGAAGGAUAUUCAAUGGCUUCAAACGAUCACCAAUUUACCAAUUCUUGUCAAAGGUGUUCUUACAGGAGAAGAUGCAAGAAUAGCUAUUCAGGCUGGUGCAGCUGGAAUCAUUGUAUCUAACCAUGGAGCUCGUCAACUCGACUAUGUCCCAGCAACAAUCUCAGCUCUAGAAGAGGUUGUUAAAGCAACUCAAGGAAGAGUUCCUGUGUUUUUGGAUGGUGGUGUUCGACGUGGAACUGAUGUUUUCAAAGCACUUGCACUUGGAGCUUCAGGCAUAUUUAUUGGAAGACCAGUGGUGUUCUCAUUGGCUGCUGAAGGAGAAGCUGGAGUGAGAAAAGUUCUUCAAAUGUUACGCGACGAGUUUGAGCUAACCAUGGCACUAAGUGGUUGUAGAUCUCUCAAAGAAAUCACACGUAACCACAUUAUCACUGAAUGGGACACUCCACGUCCAGUGCCAAGGUUAUAG